AUGGCAGCUCUUAACUUACCAGAACAAGAUGGGGUCUCGAGGUCAAUAUCAGAUACAUCACCUACUCACUAUACGAUGAAAAUUCAAUUAUUUUCGCAACUUGCAAAGAAUAAAAUCGAGCCGUACCAUUCCAAUGAUUUCAAGGCUGGAGGCUACAAAUGGAAGUUGUUGGUUUACCCUAAUGGAAACAAAGACAAAGGUAUUACGGAUCACAUUUCUGCGUACUUGGUGAUGACACAAGUAGAGUCAUUACCUCCUGAUUGGAAGGUUCGCGCAACUUUUCGAUUAUUUUUGCUUGAUCAGAACGAAGACCAUUAUUUCACACUCGAAGACUUGGCGGGGAAACGGUUUAAUAGAAUGAAGCUCCAGUGGGGUUUCGAUAAAUUUAUACCUCUCAGCAUCUUCAAUGAUCCCCAAGAGGGAUAUUUGGUGAAUGAUACUUGCGUGUUCGGAGCUGAUGUUUAUGUUGCUGGAAAAGGAGAGAUUUUAUCAAUGACAAGGGAUGCCAUUAGCUCCAAACACACUUGGAAUAUCUACAUGUUCUCUACUCUAACCAACAAAUGUCUAGAAUCCGAACCCUUCAAUGCUGCCCAUCAAACAUGGAAGAUACAGUUAUAUCCAAAAGGGAAAGACAGUGAAUCAAGUAACUUCAUAUCGUUAUAUCUGGCAUUGGCUGAGCCGGAAAAACUUUCUCCUCUAACUAAAAUAUAUGCAGAAUUCACCUUACGUAUAUUAGACAGAAGUACCUAUUAUAAAUAUAAAACUCAUCUCUUUGCUACAGGUAAACACUGGUUUACUGCAACAAAUUGUGUAAGUGGUUGGUCAAGAUUUGUGUCGGUGGGAAACUUUGAAGCGGAUCGUUACUUGUUGUAUGACAACUGCGGUGUUGAAGCAGAGGUCACUGUCCAUGGCGUGGUUAAUGCACUUUGA